GGCCGCGCGUGUAUAUACCAGCUGUCGCCGCCAGUGCGCGCCAGUCGACCGCAGCGCUCCGAGCCGGUAACACCGCAGCCAGCCAGACCACGCGACCACGCCCCAGCAUCAUCAUGACUAUAGACUUCUACUACCUUCCCGGUAGCCCACCAUGCCGCUCAGUAUUGCUGGCCGCCAAAGCAGUCGGGGUUGAUUUGAACUUGAAGCUGACCAACCUCUUUGCUGGCGAGCAUCUCACACCAGAAUACCUGAAGAUGAAUCCGCAGCACACGAUCCCUACAAUUGAUGACGGUGGUUUCUAUCUGUCUGAAAGCCGAGCGAUAUUGGGAUAUUUGGUGGACCAAUAUGCCAAAGAUGACUCUCUGUAUCCAAAGGACCCAAAGAAAAGAGCCCUGGUUAACCAGAGACUGUAUUUCGACAUGGGGACCCUCUACAAAAGUUUUGCAGAUUAUUAUUUUCCAAUUGCAUUUGCCGGCGCUUCCCCUGAUCCGGAGAAAAUGAAGAAACUCGAGGAAGCAUUUGGCUUCCUGGACAAGUACCUGGAAGGACAACAGUGGGCCGCGGGCAGCAAAAUCACAAUUGCCGACUUCGCCCUUGUGGCAAGUGUCUCCAGCGCCGAUAUCGUAGGAUUCGACGUGAGCAAGUACUCGAACGUUGCGAAAUGGUUUGAGAAAUGCAAGAAGUCCAUCUCCGGCUACGAGGAACUGAAUCACAAGGGAUGCAUUCAGUUGAAAGAGAUGUUGGACAAAGCCACAAAGAAGUGGUGCUGCAAGCGAGAAAACAACAGAGCACCCGACAUGAGGACGUCUCUGCUGCUGAGCUGCUCUGCUGCUCUGCUGCUGUGCUGCUGCGCUGUCCUCGCCGGCGCUGAGGACUUCUGCGCCGCGGGCGAACGUGAAGACGGCGUCUCCUGCGGCGCAUCGAGGAUCGACCUGUACCUCGUGAAGGGCAGUGCGCCCUGCCGCGCCGUUCUCUUAGCGGCCAAGGCCGUGGGCGUCGACCUCAACCUGAAGCUCGUCGACCUCCGAGCCAAGGAGCACUUGACCCCGCAGUUCCUCAAGAUGAAUCCACAGCACAAAGUUCCCACCAUUGACGACAACGGAUUUGUUCUCGGAGAAAGCCGGGCCAUAAUGGGUUACUUGGUUGACCAGUACGCGAAGAAUGACUCUUUGUAUCCGAAGGACGCAAAGAAGAGGGCAUUGGUUAACCAGAGACUCUACUUCGACAUUGGGACUCUCUACCAGAGGUUUUCUGAUUACUGCUAUCCCAUAGUUUUUGAUGGUGCUGCUCCUAAUCAAAAAAAUCUGGAGAAACUUGAAGAAGCGUUUGGAGUCUUGGACAAAAUCCUGGAGGGCAAGAAGUGGGUGGCAGGUAGCAGCUUGACCAUCGCAGACAUCUCGCUCACAUCCUCCGUGGCUGCACCUGUUGUUUUGGGAUUUGACUUGAAGAGGUUCGAUAAUGUUGCCAGAUGGUUUGACAACUGCAAGAAGUCAAUUCCUGAGUACCAAGAAGUGGCCCAAGAUGACCUUUUGGCUUUCAAGAACUUUAUGGGCAAAGCCAAAUUUAGCUAAUGAGGAUGUGUUUAUUCAUUAUUACCAGCGGAGAAAUUUGAAUGAAAGAAUAUUAUAUGCAUAACAAUAUUCGGUAGAGAGAGUGUAUCAGGCCUGUGUUAUUUAUGUAUAAAUAAAAAAAACCACUGACAA